CGGCCGCGCCCGCGCCCGCGCCCGCCCCCGCGCCUGGCGUCCGACACAGAGCCCGACCCCGGGACAGAGAGGCGACAUGGAAGCCGAGGACCUGCAGGAGGACCUGACUUGCUCCAUCUGCCUGGACUAUUUCGAGGAGCCGGUGUCCAUCGAGUGCGGCCACAACUUCUGCCGCGGCUGCCUGCACCGCAGCUGGGCGCCGGGCGGUGGCUCGUUCCCCUGCCCCGAGUGCCGCCAUCUGUCGCCGCCCGCCUCGCUGCGGCCCAACUGGGCCCUGGCCCGGCUGACGGAGAAGACGCGGCGCCGCCGCCAGGGCCCCGUGCCCCCCGGCCAGUGCGGCCGCCACCGGGAAGCGCUGCGGCUCUUCUGCGAGGAAGACCAGCGGCCCGUGUGCUUGGUGUGCAGGGAGUCCCAGGAGCACCAGGCGCACACCAUGGCGCCCAUCGACGAGGCCUUCGGCAGCUACCGGGACAAGCUUUGUAAGACUCAGUGUAGUCUGAAGGACAAGAUAAAGAAAGCCAUGCAUUUACAGGACAUGGAAGUGAAGAAUGCUGCUGAGUGGAAGGAAAAGGUGAAGAGUCAGCGAAUGAGACUCAGCGUGGAGUUUGCAAAACUGCACCUCUUCCUGACUGAAGAAGAACAACAAUUUCUUCAGAGACUAAGUGAGGAAGAAGAAGAGAUGAAUAAGAAACAUGAUGAGAACAUGUUAAAGCUCCAUCAGAUAAUCACUUCCUUGAAGCAGCUCAUCUUAGAGAUCAGAGAGAAGAGCCAGAGCUCCACCCUCGUGUUGCUUCAGAAUCCAAAAGAUGUGUUGAACAGGAGUGAGAACCAGGAUGUGAACUAUUCCCCUGAAAUUCUAAAGAUGAAGACUGUGUGCCAGAUACCAAUGAUGAAGGAAAUGCUGAAGCAAUUCCAAGUGGCUGUAAGUGUAGCUGUGGAUACAGCUCAUCCCAAACUUGUCUUCUCCCAGGAUGGGAGAUACGUGAAGAAUGGAGCAUCAGCCAGUUCUUGGCCAUUGUUUUCUUCAGCGUGGAGCUACGUUAGUGGAUGGAGGAACCCUCAGAAGAACGCAGAGUUUGUGGAAAGAUUUCAGCACUUACCCUGUGUUUUGGGAAAAAACGUUUUCAUUUCAGGGAGGCAUUACUGGGAAGUUGAGAACCGAGAUAGCCUGGAGAUUGCUGUGGGGGUGUGUCGGGAGGACGUCAUGGGGCUUGCAGAUGGUUCAAAAAUGUCCCCCCAUGUAGGAAUCUGGGCUAUUUGUUGGAGUUCUGCUGGCUUUUGGCCCCUAACAAGCUCUCCUGUAAGUCCUACCAAGCAAGAGCCUGCUCUUCACCGGGUGGGGGUUUUCCUAGAUUCUGGGGCUGGGGACAUCUCCUUCUACAGUGCUGUAGAUGGCACGCAUCUCCACACCUUUUCUUGCCCUCUGGUCUCCCGCCUCCGGCCAUUUUUUUGGUUGAGUCCAUUAGCAUCUUUAGUCAUCCCAGCAGUGACUGGUGGGAAAUGAGGUUGUUCUUCUCUUGCCCAAGAAUCUCCUCCCGUACCCCAGCCCAGAGACAUACAUCCCUUGGCCCUCUGCUCUCACUUCCCACAUACUGGUCCAGGGAGCACAUCAGUACUGUCCAUUCCAUUUCAUGUUUUGUUCACUCCCUGUGUGUGUGCUGUGCAUAGACAGGGAUGGCAGACCCCACUGGUUGCCUUCCCAGCAGCCACUUGCUCCACUUCCCUCCUUCUCUUCUGGUUCUUCCUAAUUGAACUGUUUGAUGGGCACCCUCCCUGCGCUUCAGGAGAGCCAGUCCCACAUGAGGCAAUUCUGGCCAAUGAGCCUGGAUGAGAAAUUUUCUAAGGUGCUUCUGGGGAAAGAUUUUAUAGCUUUAAAGAAGAGGUGUUUGAGGAGACACAGCCCCUUUUCUGAUAUUAGCAGGUGUCUUGGAACUGCGGAGAGCACAGUAACAGUGGAAAGGAAGAAAACAUGGUCAUUGGCAUCGCUGGACUAUUGGAAUUUCCUUAAUCUGAAAUUUCUUAUUAUAGGAGAUGAUUGCUCCCUUAUUGUAUAAGGCAGUCCAGGUUGCCUUUUGGUAUAGGAUUAUUUCACUGUCCCUGAAAUUUGACAAAUUUGUAGACUCUGCUUUUGUUCAGUCAUGUAAUUCUUCUCUCCAGUAAGUACCGAUACCCCUCACUUUUCUGGACCAGAAAGUUGAGAUCUUCCCUUACUCUGCCUGCGUUUGCUGUUACUGUUCUUCGCCCACCCACGUCUGUGCCCUCAAGUAUUCAUUAUGGUAUUCAUCUGUCAGAUUCUUACAUUGGAUAUGCAAGGUUUUAAUGUCACACCUAAAAUGUUGGGAGACACUUGCUAAGUAUUCACACUGUGGUGCUGGCCUCUUCGGUAAUGCUCUCACACAACUCCUGGCGAAGCUCAGUGUAAGAUGGAAAUUAAAAUCCUCUUUCUACAAGUAAGAAAACAGAACUUUGGAGGAACUCAGUACUGUUUAGCUGGCAGAUGAGAGUGUUGGGAUUAAAUGCAGAUUUGUCUGAAAUAAAAGCCUGUGCUCUUUUCUA